AUGAGUUACAUUUCGUUUUCAAUGUCAUGCAUCCUCAUUGUAAGUGGACUAGGGGUGUUACUGGGGCCGAACAGACAUCCCUAUGGGCGAUAUUCCACGAAAGGGUACGGGUUUUUUGUGCCGGUUAAGUUGGCCUGGGUCGUGCAAGAGUCUCCGGCGUUUUUCAUUCCUCUGGCGCUAAGAUUGAUGAAAGGAAUUGCUUGGAUCUCAUCAGAUUGUGUGCUCUUAUUGUUUAUGCUCCACUACUUCCAGCGUUCAUUCGUGUAUCCUGUCUUGAUCACAGCGGGUAAACCUUCUCCUCUGAGCGUCGUCAUUAGUGCAUUCACAUUUUGUGCUUUCAACGGAUACCUUCAGGCUCGAUACCUUUUGAAUGAAGUCUCGUAUGAAGAUCCGCGUUUAACGAGUUUAUCGUAUCUGUGCGGAUUUGUAAUAUUUAUUUUAGGGAUGGCGAUCAACUUGCAUUCAGAUCACGUUUUAAGGUCGUUGCGCAAAAAUGAUUCGGAAGGCGGUUACAAAAUUCCUUACGGGGGAUUGUUUCAGUUUGUUUCUGCCGCAAAUUAUUUUGGAGAAAUAGUCGAAUGGUGGGGUUAUGCACUGGCCAUGAGCGGUCUUCCUGGGUGCGCCUUCGCGUUUUUCACAACCUGUAUGUUGACAAAGCGUGGUCUGGAUCAUCACCAGUUCUAUCUUGAGAAGAUUCCUAAUUAUCCUAGGGACCGAAAAGCUGUGAUACCUUUCAUCUUAUGA